UUAACAGGUGUUGUCGCUGGCUUGUGCUUAGAUUUGCAGUGUUUUUAUUGAUGUGCUGUGCACAGAUCAAGUUAUUGGCUUAUGAGUGUGUUAACUUGCAUUGUAAUUGUUAAAUGCGUUACAAUCUACAUUCUCAUCAAACAAAAUGUGUAUUGUUAAUAAUGUUUGUCUUCUCUUUUGUGUUUCUUUUUAUUGUUUAAACGUGCAAUAGCAACUUAAAUUUGUUAUAUAAGAGUUAUCAUUUGAACGCAUUUAUUUUAUAAUUUUAUCCGUAAAACUGACAGAAAUCGGCCUUACGCCGUUAACAACAUUACCUUAGUACGAAUUAUAUGUAAUGGGAUAGCCUCGGUGCAUGUGCUUACAAAAUGUCGGGGCUCGAGAAAAAGAGGCUCAAGGAGGACAAAGUACGUGCAAAGAACUGGAAACGCUGGGGCCCCUAUCUGUCGGAGAGGCAAUGGGGUACCGUUAGGGAGGAUUACUCGGACAAUGGCGACUGCUGGUCCCACUUCACGCAUGACCAGUCUCGCUCCCGGGCGUACCGCUGGGGCGAGGACGGCCUCCUGGGAAUCACGGACCGCCAGUGCCGCCUCUGCCUCUCCCUGGCGCUCUGGAACACCCGGGACCCCAUACUGAAAGAGAGAUUGUACGGUCUGACCGGCCAUCAGGGAAACCAUGGCGAGGACGUGAAGGAACUGUAUUACUACCUGGACAACACGCCCACCCACUCGUACAUGAAGGCCCUCUACAAGUACCCGCAGGCGGAGUUUCCGUACGCCGAACUCGAGGCUGAGAACGCGCGACGCGGGGUCAAGGACCCGGAAUAUGAACUGAUGGACACAGGAGUGUUCAACGAAAAUCGCUACUUUGACGUGACGGCCGAGUACUGCAAGAACAGUCCCAACGACAUAUUGGGCCGAUACACGGUGGUGAACCGAGGCCCGGAGCGCGCCACCGUGCACGUGCUUCCCCAGCUUUGGUACCGCAACGUCUGGGACUGGGGCGAUGACUGCGAGGCAUAUGUGGAAACGAAGCCAAUCUUACAGAAAGACAAAAGCGGAAGAAUACGCUGUGAACACCCAUCUCUAGGCAAAGUGCAGGAGCGGUACCGUCUGAACAGCAUGGACACCUAUGUAAUGGACCUGGACUGUACUCAUAACCGCGACCUCCAUGACGGCCGAGGAUCAUCCGCGAAGCAGGGACUCAACGUACACGACGAAAGUGUGUUUUACUUUGAGUUUGGCCCGGAUGCCGACGGAAAGCAGGUCCCUGUGAUAUUUACUGAAAAUUCCACAAACUACGAGCGUCUUUAUUGUGUGAAGAACAGGGCGCGAUAUGUGAAGGAUGCAUUCCACGACUAUGUUGUCCAAGAUAAGAAAAACGCUGUCAAUCUCAAAUACGGGACAAAAUGUGCCGGCCAAUACAUCCUUGAUCUUGACCCCGGACAAGGGGCUGUGAUAAAAGUGAGGCUGUAUACGAGUUCAGAGGCUCCGCCGGGGGAAGCCUUCACUGGAGAAUUCGAAGAUAUAUUUAGAAUCAGGAUAAACGAGGCUGACAUGUUUUAUGACGAGGUGAUCCCCACCCGUAAGAAACAGGAGCAGCGUAUUGCGAGGCAGGCGUAUGCGGGUCUCCUUUGGAGCAAGCAGUUCUACUACUACAUCUUGAAGGAGUGGCUUCGCGGCGACUCCAACCAGCCCCCGCCGCCCCCUAGUCGGGCCUUAUGGGGACGCAACAAAGACUGGACCCACCUAUUCAAUCGUGACGUCGUCUCCAUGCCGGACAAGUGGGAAUACCCGUGGUACGCUUCGUGGGAUCUUGCGUUCCACAUGAUCGCCAUGUCGAGGGUGGACAUCCAGUUCGCCAAGGCACAGCUCGUACUGCUGCUGAGGGAGUGGUACAUGCACCCGAACGGACAGAUUCCAGCGUACGAGUUCGCAUUCGAUGACGUUAAUCCUCCUGUGCACGCCUACGCAGUCCUCAGGAUCUACAAGUUCUCCGGUCUAAAGGGUACGAGAGACGAACAGUUCCUGGCGCGAUGCUUUCAUAAACUCGUCCUUAACUUUACGUGGUGGGUGAACCGGAAGGACAUAGAGGGCAAGAACAUCUUCUCUGGGGGCUUUCUAGGCCUAGAUAACAUCGGAGUGUUUGACAGGUCAAAGCCGCUACCCGCCGGAGGCUUCUUGGCACAGGCGGACGCCUCUGCGUGGAUGGGUUUCUUCUGCUCCAUCAUGCUAGAGAUGAGUCUGCUGCUCGCCCACAGAGAGCCCAUCUACCAGGACAUGGCCAGCAAGUUCUUCGAGCACUUUGUCUCCAUCGUGGACGCCAUGAACAACGUCGACGGCAUCGGUCUGUGGGACGAGGCGGACGGGUUUUUCUACGACCACGUGCGCAACAACCACCUAAGCCAGCCAGUGAAGAUCAAGUCGAUGGUGGGGCUCAUUCCCCUCUGCUGCGCCCUUGUGCUCGAAGAUAAGGACUUCCGCCAUCACCCGGGUUUCGCCAAGCGCACCAAGUGGUUCAUUGAGAACCGGAAGGAUCUCUCAAAAGGGAUCUCUCUGAUGACCCGCGGGACCCACAAGGAGGGGUCUCUGCUGCUGUCUAUUGUCAGCAAGGAGAAGAUGAUCCGCAUCCUGGGGCACAUGCUCGACGAGAAGAAAUUUCUGUCGCCAUACGGGAUCCGAUCUCUGUCUAAGGAGCAUCAGAAGGAACCCUUUACGCUGCAUCUGGGCGGCAGCUCGUACAGUGUUAAAUACGAGCCAGGCGAGUCCGAGUCCAAACUGUUCGGCGGCAACAGCAACUGGCGCGGACCUAUAUGGUUGCCAAUGAACUAUCUUAUCAUUGAAAACCUCCGGCGGUAUGACUACUACUUUGGGGAAGGGCUGAUGGUAGAGUGCCCCACGGGGUCGGGCGUCCUUAUGCGCCUCGGGGAGGUUGCACAGGUUCUGGAGCGGCGCCUCAUCAAUCUCUUCCUGCCCGACGCUAAUGGGAAACGACCUUGUCACGGUAAAGAUGAGAUUUACGCAACGGACCCGCACUUCAAGCAUCUCUGUCUGUUCUACGAGUAUUUCCAUGGGGAUACAGGCAGAGGGUGCGGGGCCAGCCACCAGACGGGCUGGACGGCGUUGAUUGCAAACAUCCUCGAGAAGAGCGCAGAUGUAGAGGAAGGAUACGACAGCGCCGACGACUUAGAAUUCUUUGACUAGACGGGUGACAUUUUCAUGCACAGAAUCGCGUGGUUUAGACUGAUUUUGUGUACUCAAAUUUGGGUUGUGCAUUUUCAAAAAACGAUUGUGCCUUAUGUAGCAAAGUGAAUUUAAACAAUCUGACGAAUUUCGUUUGGCCAAAGAUCUAUAUAUAAUAUAAGUAAAUAAAUCUCUGGCUAUGCUAAACUGUUUUAAUUUCUACUUAUUUGGUCUUUGAAUGGAUUUAACAUUAUGACUGUGGCUUCGGUACCGUGAACAUUGUAUUGAGCCAGAAGGAUUUUAUUUCAGCAGACUGGGUUGUAACUCUGUUUUCGAACACAAUGGAUUGAUUAAUUGUUUCAUGUUGAUUUAAGAAGUUAAACUGAUUGACUUUGCACCAAUUGGCUCUAUCCUCUUGACUGCGUGGUGAUAUUUUUACAAUGCUAAGACAUUUUUUACUAAAAUGUACGUCUGUAUGUGUUUGUGUUAAUGGUUUUGUAAAACAAACAUCUACAUCAUGCGUAAGUAUGAAAUAAUCAGAAUCGCAUGAAUAACGAGUCAUUGAAUCUGAAUCGAAGACGUCGGCUGAAAAAAGCUCAAAAUACUAAAGUGCGUUAUCUUAUUAAAGUUUUUUUUAUCUGAAUACAUUAUUGCAUUGACGCGCUCAAGAAUAAUUUUAUAUUCAUACAACGAGACUUAAGUAGCUAAUCGCCGUAUUAGUUUUUUGUUUGAUACUACAUGUAUUAUACUGUUUUGUAAGUGGUCGUUUUGCCCGAACAGUGGUUAUUAUGAGUAUUGUUUCAUUUAACAUGUUUCCAGUACUGCGAGUAUCAUAAACGUUGUUCAUUGCAUUCAAUAUAUAGCUUAAUAAUGCGUUAUUAUUUAGUAAGUAAAAAACUUAAGUUUACUUUUGAAAAACAACAACACUAUUUUAUUCCUUACCGUUUGUAUCGAACUUAUUUUAUACUGAAUAAGGAAACCAAACGAUUUAUUCUUAAAAAUCGUUUUAAGUAUAUUACUGAGGUCGUUAUAUUUGCAUUAUGACAUGAGAUGUGUUCGUAUAACAAUUACCUUUCAAGUUUCUUUGGUUAUAUCGCGGAUUUUCGAUUAGCUCUGUAUUAAAUUGUACUCGGAUUUUCAGUAUUGUCAUAUAAUCUAAAAAUUUGUUGUGGUGCAUCUUGUUAUUUUUUAUAUUGCCUUUUAAUUUUUAAAAUGUAAUGCUUAAUGUGCUUUUCAUGUUUGUUCAUAGUAAAUGUAGAGCUACUGAUACCAAAAACAAAGUUGCGAAGUUUUUAGUGGAUUUAUAAGGUGUUGAUAUGUAUUAUUACAAUUUACAGAUAUUGCAAUGGUUACAUAAUGCAUACUGACAUGGGACACAUGAAUAAAUGUAAUGGGAUAAUAAGGUGUUAUUGUUUAAAACAUUUCAGUAGAUUGUUUCAUCUGAACGGGAAAGUAUUUUACUGGAAUAAUUUAUUAUCACUGCUAUUUGAAUACAUUAACGAAUUGUUCAUAGAUAUUUUACACAUAGUACCAUGGACUUGUUUACCUCAUGUUAAAUUCCUGCCACAAUUUUUACCAUUAACAAGGAUUCUGUAAGAAUAAUUCUUUCUUUCCAAAUGUAUGCUGGUUUUUGCAUUAUCUAGAGUGAACAAUAUAUUCAUCUAGUAUUAUUUGUUCUGUUAUAUUUAUUCAAAAUACAUGUUAAAUAUUGAUUUUAAACAUGUUCUGGAAACUUUAUGUGUGCAAGUUGCAUCGUAUUUAUGGCUAUAUUUAUAUGAACAAUGUUAAUAUACAUGAAUAACAAUUUUGUCCAGAUCUAAAUACACAAAAGAGGAACAAAA